UUUCUGCAGGAAGUGUCUGUGGAACCUUUUAUAGCUCUUACUGAGGAGGAAGAGGCUGAGGUUGAUUGGGCAUUCCAUGCUAAUCGGCGGACAGUCUUGGUCACUCAUAGAAACUCAAAUAUUGACAUCACUGCACAACUUUUUCAGUGCCUUACACCUGGCGCAUGGUUGAAUGAUGAGGUUAUCAAUUUGUACCUUGAGUUGCUGAAAGAAAGGGAAAAUAGAGAGCCAGAGAAGUUUCUUAAAUGCCAUUUUUUCAACUCAUUCUUUUACAAAAAGUUGGUAGAUGGGGAGAGUGGCUAUAAUUAUAGAGCUGUCAAGAGAUGGACUUCUGAGAGAAAGUUGGGAUACCAGCUCCUUGAGUGUGACAAAAUAUUUGUCCCUAUCCACAAGGAGAUCCAUUGGUGCUUGGCAGUUAUUAAUAAGAAAGAACAGAAGUUCCAGUAUCUUGAUUCUCUUAGAGGGGGGGAUACACGAGCACUUAAAGCAUUGAAAAAAUACUUGAUAGAAGAAGUGAAGGACAAGAGUGGAAAAGAUAUUGAUUUAAGUUCGUGGACACAAGAAAUUGUUGAAGACCUUCCUGAGCAGGAGAACGGGUAUGACUGUGGAAUGUUUAUGCUCAAAUAUAUUGACUUUUAUAGCAGAGGUCUAGGGCUUUGUUUUAACCAGGAACACAUGCCAUAUUUUCGGUUGAGGACAGCAAAGGAGAUUCUGAGAUUGAGAGCUGAUUGAUUCAAAAAGAGUGCAUGAUCCUGCUGCUCCAAUAUUGUUGUAGCACCUAUUUUGUAGUGAAUCUGCAUGUUUAGUAUGAUGGUUACCAAAUGGGAAUAUUUAUUUAUACUCUUAUUCUUAAUUAAUCUUGUGUAUAGAGAGAAGGUCCACUUCUAGCAAUUGGGGGAUGGCCAAUGCACAGUUUUAAGGUAGUUUAUGCACAGUUUUGGUA